GGCACUUGGACUUUGGGAUCAUUACUGGCUGUCUCGCCUUAUAAAUUGCAGAUCCUCAACCUCUCAACACAAGCACUACCUAGCUGACUCGAAGGUACACUUGGAAACUCAGAUCUAAGAGCCAUGAAGGUCCUUGUCGUGCUCGUCUUGGCCGUUUUCAGCGGCUGCAAUGCCAACCUCUUCUAUGCUGAUGCACCCAAGCCACAGAUGGAAGUGGUGACAGAUGCUUUCUGGAAAUAUGUUGAAAAAGUCACCCAGACAGCAGACGACACCCUCCAGAUGAUCAAAAAGUCUCAGUUUGGACAGGAUGUCAGUGCCCGUCUGACAGAAAGCACCGACAUGGCCAGCCAGUAUGCAGUCUCCCUCCAAGAGCAGCUUCCCCCUGCAGCCCAGGAUCUGAUUGCCAAAGUCACCACUGAGGCUGAUCUGUUGAAAGACCGUGUGACCCAGGAACUCGGCACAGUCAGGGAGAGGCUAGGCCCUUACACCGAUGAUGUGAAGGCCCAGAUCCAGCAGAGAGUAGAGCAGCUGAAACAGGAGUUGGCCCCCUACACAGACUCCGUGGACACUGAAGCCCUGAGGGCCACCAUUAUGCAGAAGACAGAGGAGCUGAAAACCAGCCUGGAGGAGAGCGUGAAGGGCAUGCAGACUCAGCUGGGCCCCUACACCGAUGACCUGAAGCAGAAGGUGGACCAGCACCUCCAGGAUUUCAAGGAACGUGUGGUCCCCGUGACUGAGAGGGUCCAGAGCGAGUUCACAGAGAGGGCACAGCGUGUGAAAGAAAUGGCCGCCCCCUACGUUGAUGAUCUGAGGGAAAAGCUGAACCCAUAUGCACAGGACCUCCAGGCUCGUCUCACCUCCCUAUACGAGUCCUUUGUCAGGGCUAAGUAAGGCAACUUUCUCCUCACAUUAAGCAAAAAGAAACUGCAUCCUAAGAUACACUAUUCUCUGAGCCCCAGAAACAUGUCCAUAUUGUUGUGACAACACAAAUCCACCUGUUUUGAAAGUUUCCAAUGUAAUUAGAUAUAUUGACAGUGUUAAAAAGUAUGUGUUGGUGCUGUGACCACACACUGUUUUCUCUUCCUGUUUUGUGAAAAAUAAUUAAAGCAAAAUAUAACCUUG